CAACUGGCAAUGUUUUAAACGCGACAAUAGUAGACGACUUCUCGGGACUUGAUUGUACUGUUUUCUCCGAGUCGUUAACCAGCUAUGUUCUAUUUAAUGUUGAAUAUGAGUAUCUUCGUAAUAUUCAUUCCGCCGGUAUUGUCGCUAAAUAUCACGCUGCUCGGCGCUCCGGUAGCCUUCCAAAACACGCCGGUACUCUUACAUAGGACGCAGGGUGAUCCUCUCGACUUCAUUCUUGGUGCAUUCUUGAUCCAUAGUAAUGGAUCGGUAAUGGUAGCAACGACAAUUCAGGCCGUGGAAAAGUUCACAGCAGACCUAACCGCCAUUAUGACCUUCAAUUAUACAAGUCCAUCUGAAAAGGACUGUGUCCUGACUGCUCGGCUUGAUGAGUCGCAAGAAUACUUUGCUGAAAGCAAGCCGUUUUCAGUGAUGGAAAACGCCAGCACGACAGCGCCCAUUUCGACCAUUGUCCACGGUCCGAAUCUCCCGUUCGGGCCCGGAAUCAUUUCCACUUCGUCAGGUUCAGGGUACAUGCAGCCCGUUUGGUUCUCUGUCUCCGCCAUAAUAAUUUACCGCUGCAGCAAAUAAUCCUUCUUAUCCAUACACCCUGUAAUGUGAUUUUCACAGAACUAUUCCCGUUUCGACGACAGCAUCUAAUGCUGUGUCCAAACCUGAAUCAUACACGGGCCCGAUUGUAGGCGGUGCCUUUGGCUUUCUUGCAUUUGGAUGUAUGCUUUCCGCGUCUAUAUACGUCCUGAUUCG